UGUCGGAGUACAGGUGGGAAAAUAACACCAGGCUGCGGGAGUGGAGGGCGGUUGAACAGGGCCUUUCUGCACUGUCUUAUUUAUAUUUUAUUUUCUCCCUCAAGCAAAAGUAAUAAGUUUUCAGACAUGCAGAGAAAAGGGAUGGCGCUGCGUUCAUGCAGUUGCUUGUUGUUUUUCAGCGGCUUGUUGUGUGGAGUUUGGACUGACGGCUUGGUGAAUGAGGACGUGAAGCGGACGCUGGAUCUCAGCUCGCACCUCGCCAAAAUAUCCGCCGAAAUCCUGCUAGCAAACCCCGGAAACUCCGCUGUGCAGAGCUUCACCCUCGCCCUGGAACCUGAGCUCGCCCCACACCUCGCCUACAUCGGAGCGUCUGUCAAAGGUGAAGAGGAGGAAGAUGAAGCUUUAGAACUGAAGGAGACAACAAUUAAAGGACAGAGUGGGACAUUCUUCGAGGUACAUUUGCCCUCGGCCCUGGCAGCUGGUGCUAAGCUGCGUGUGAAGGUGGAGACUGUGUUCAGCCAUGUGCUCACACCUUUCCCCACUCACAUCACGCAGGCCGAGAGACAGCUGGUGGUGUUCCAGGGCAAUCACUACCUGUAUUCGCCUUACCUCACCCGUAGCCAGACCACCCGCGUGCGCCUCGCCUCUAAAACCGUCGAGAGUUACACCAAGCUGGGCAACCCGAGCAAAAAUGAUGAGGUGAUCGAGUACGGCCCGUUCAAGGACAUCCCUGCAUUCAGUCAGGAUACCAUGAAGAUCCACUAUGAGAAUAACGCACCGUUCCUCACAAUCAGCAGCAUCACGCGCACCAUUGAGGUUUCCCACUGGGGCAACAUCGCCGUGGAGGAAACCAUCGACCUGAGACACACAGGGGCGUAUCUUAAGGGGCCAUUCUCCCGCUACGACUAUCAGAGGCAGUCUGAUAGUGGCAUCUCCUCCAUCAAAUCUUUCAAGACGAUCCUCCCUGCUUCUGCGCAAGACGUGUACUACCGGGACGAGAUUGGGAACAUCUCCACCUCUCACCUGCAGGUCCUGGAAGACUCUGUUGAGGUCGAAGUCCGCCCCCGUUUCCCCCUAUUUGGAGGGUGGAAGACGCAUUACAUCAUCGGAUACAAUCUGCCUAGCUACGAGUAUCUCUACACCUUGGGUGACCAGUAUGCUUUGAAAAUGCGUCUGGUUGAUCACGUGUAUGACGAUCAGGUUAUUGAUGAACUUAGGGUCAAACUGAUUCUCCCAGAAGGAGCAAGGAAUGUACAUUUGGAAACUCCAUACCCCAUCGAGCGAAGCCCUGACCAGCUGCAUUACACGUACUUGGACACUUUUGGCAGGCCUGUUCUGGUGGCCACUAAAAAGAACCUGGUGGAACAGCACAUUCAGGACAUGGUGGUUCACUACACCUUCAAUAAGAUCCUGAUGCUGCAGGAGCCGUUGCUGGUGGUCGGUGCGUUCUACAUCUUAUUCUUCACGGUGAUCGUUUACGUUCGUCUCGACUUUUCCAUCACCAAGGACCCUGCAGCAGAGGUGCGGAUGAAGGUGGCCUCCAUCACGGAGCAAGUCCUGACUCUGGUGAAUAAGAGGCUUGGUCUGUACAGACACAUGGAUGAGGUGGUGAACCGCUACAAGCAGUCGCGUGACACCGGUGCCCUCAAUGCGGGCCGUAAGCAUUUGGAGGCUGAGCACCGCGCUCUCACGAACGACAUCACGGGCCUGCAGGCUCGCCUUAAAGCUGAAGGAUCCGACCUCGCUGAGAAGGUGGGAGAGAUCCAGAAGCUGGACGGCCAGGUGAAGGAUUUGGUAUUGCAGUCCUGUCAGGAGUCUGAGCGCCUCGUAACCGGGAAGGUAAAGAAGGAGGCGUAUAUUGCGUCAGAGAAAUCGCUGUCUGGCAAGAGACAGGAUCUGAUCACACGCAUCGAUGGCUUCCUCGACGCUCUCUAAAGCACACGGCACACGCACACAGUGCCGUUGUAAUACACCCCAAACCCCCUCAUCCACACGCUUUGUCAUGUUUAUCUGCGUGAGCACUAUCAGCCACCAGAAAGCGUGUGGUGCCUUUUUCAUCCUGGAGGCUGUGUGAGAGGGCUGUGCACAUACACAUUUACUCAUCCCUCAAGAUUUCCUUUUUGUGUCUGAUCAACAGGGAAAUGCCAUGUGGGUUGGGGGCUUUAGAUGCAUUUUUAAUUUUUUUUUUUUGAGGGCAUGUUUCUAGGUUCCAGCUAUGUCACCACCUGCUGAAACGUUUCUGACCAUAUGCGUUCUUGGCACUUAAACUUUUUUUUUCUUCUGCCCUGAAACAAAUACAAAAAUAUCGACACAAUGGAUGGCAUGUUGUUGAAAAAUUCUCCCCCAUAUUUUGUUGACUUGCCUCUUUUUUUGCUGUUGGUAUAAUUUUUCCAUUUUUUUGUAAGUGUUGUGCUUUUUCAUACCAUGAAUUUAGUGGACGAACACAAGGUAUGUGUGUGUUGGGGGUUGAAGGAAAUGCCGAAUGUUAAGUUCUUUAAGUGUCAAGUUGAAAAUUGAAAAUAAACACGUUGUUAUUAA